AUGGCUUGGGAUCAACUUUGGAUUAAUAAACCUCACUUGGCUUAUGCAGUCAUUGGCGGAUUUACAACCGUCUUUUCUCUAAUCUCUCUCUUCGUCAAGGAAAAACUUUACAUUGGCGAAGCUACAGUAGCAACCAUCUUUGGUGUCAUUGUAGGACCUCACUGUCUCAACUGGUUCUCCCCAACCACUUGGGGUAAUACUGAUAAUAUUACACUAGAAAUAUCACGUAUUGUCCUCGUGGUUCAAAUCUUUGCCGUUGCUGUCGAACUUCCUAAAAAAUAUAUGCUCCGCCAUUGGUUCUCAGUAACCCUACUACUCAUCCCAGUAAUGACUUUUGGCUGGCUUAUCGCCUCUGUCUUUAUCUGGAAACUCGUCCCAACCCUCAGAUGGGUCGAGGCCCUUGUUCUAGCAGCAUGCGUCACUGCAACUGACCCAGUCUUGGCCUCUGCCGUUGUCGGUAAAGGUAAAUUUGCUCAACGUGUCCCAGGACACCUCCGUAACCUUUUAUCUGCAGAAUCCGGUUGUAAUGACGGUAUGGCUUUCCCCUUUGCAUAUCUUGCCCUUCUUUGCAUCCUCCACGAAGGCCACCAUAGACAAAUUGCAUACCAUUUUAUUGUUAUUACUGUUAUUUACGAAUGUGUCUUUGGUACUGUUCUCGGAGCUAUUAUUGGCUACCUAGGAAGACACUUGAUUAAAUUUGCUGAAAAACAUAACCUUAUCGACCGUGAAUCCUUUCUAGUCUCUUACUUUGUCAUUGCUCUCUUUUGCACAGGUGUCGGCUCCAUCAUUGGUGUCGAUGACUUGCUUGUUGCCUUUGCCGCAGGAGCUGCCUUUUCUUGGGAUGGUUGGUUUGCCCGCAAAACUGAAGAAUCCCACGUUUCCGAUGUCAUUGAUUUGCUUUUAAAUAUGAGUUUCUUUGUUUACUUUGGAGCAAUUGUCCCUUGGGAACAAUUCAACAGACCUGAAAUUGGUAUCCUCCCUUGGAAACUCGUCAUUAUCGCUAUCCUUAUCAUUCUCUUUCGACGUAUCCCCAUUAUGCUUUUUCUCAAACCUGUCAUUCCUGAUAUUAAAACUUGGCGUGAAGCCCUCUUUUGUGGCCAUUUCGGUCCUAUUGGUGUCGGUGCAAUCUUCAUGUCCAUUUUGUCCCGUGCUGAAUUGGAACACGAAGAACCAACCCCUCUGGCCGAACUCCCUGGUAAAGAUAAUCCCAAUUAUUAUGCAAUUGCAACCAUUUGGCCAGUCACUUGCUUUUUAAUUAUUUCUUCAAUCAUUGUUCAUGGCUCCUCCAUUGCCGUCUUUACCCUCGGAAAACGUCUUAAUAAUUUGACAAUUACAAUGACUUAUACAACAGCAGGCUCUCAAAACCAAGGGUGGCUCUCACGUUUAUCCAGAGUUGAAUCCCGUACUUUUAGUCUUCGCAAAGUCGAUACAGAAAAUCAAAAUGAUUAUACCACUCAGGAAAAAACUUUGGAUGAUACUACUGAAGAUUUCCCCGUCAUUGCUGCUUCUACAAACCCUGAUAAACCUGGUUUACGUCACAAGCACAAGAAACAUCAUCAUAAGAAGCAAAUGCGCAGACGUGAUAGUACUGCUCCUCCUCCAGUUGUUGUUGCUCUUGAUCUUAAUAAAGACCGCAAUAGUCAGGCUAUUUCCGCUCCUCUUCAUGACGAAGAUACCGAAAGUACCACCCGUCAAAUACAUAUUACUGCGCCUCUGCCACAUGACCAAGAACCUGGUCCCGAAGCUAUACUUCCCAAUCCAGAAGACGUUGCAGCCGCCUACCAGCUUGGCAACACAAUUGUUUUGGAAAAUGAUGAAGGUGAAGUUUUGCAUACUGUCAAGUCAAACCCAUCUCAUACUUCCCGCAGACUUUCCAUUAGCAGCCGUGCAAGUGAGAUUGUUGAUGCCGUCAAGAACUUGGCUUCAACAGCUGUCUCGGCAGUUUCUUCAUCUCCCGGCGAAUCUAGUGAUUCAACUACUGCUACUACUAAUACUACUACUCUUGCUCCUCCUCCUCCUUCUACAACUACAACCACCACCACCACUACAAGAAGAAGACCUGUUUCGCCUCUCCCCACACAUUCAUCUCCACCCCCACCAUCACAACCAUCUCGUCGUCGGGAUUCCCUUCGCAGAGGAAGUGCCUCAGAAGGUCCCGCUGGAUCUCACGCAAAAUCUCGCAAAGUCACUGCCUACCAACUUGAUGAUAAUAUUAUUGUGGAAAAUGAAGAAGGUGAAAUCAUUAGACGUUACCACAUUGAACCUUCUGCAAAUGCUUCAGCAGUUUCUUCUACAACUAUGACUCCCUCAGAUUCCCAUAUUAGCCACUCAAUGCUUGCUAAUACUCUCUCGCACUUUGGAUUUCGCCGGCGGUCUACAGUGGCUCAGAUUGAUCUUGAGCGUAACACAAUUGCCUCAGCGGUUGCCGGAGGAACUUCUUCCAGUGGUGCUGCGGGUACUAAUGCUGCAGGACCUUCCACAUCUUCGCCACCUCCUAGUGACUCGCGGCAACGCUUCCCACUUGAUGAUGAACGCAUGCGCAAGCACCUUAAACAAUUACUUAUUUCUGAUCCUCGUGUGAAUCCGGAGGCUGCCCAAAGACAACGCACUACUACCCGUGAUGAUUCUGAUUACUCAUCUUCAUCUUCAUCAGGAUCUGAAAGUUAUUCAAGCUCGGAUGAAGAAGAAGAUGAUGAUGAUGAUGACGUGUCGCCAAUGACGAGCAAGGCUGGGCCCAGCUCAUCACGGCCGGCUUCUGCACCACCAUCCUCCUUACCUGCACUGCGUCUUGGUGCAACGUCGUCGUCGUCAUCCCGUGCAACACCUUCUGGAGUGAAUGCCUCUGGAGCUACUACAUCAAUGGGCAAGUCUGCCAGCAGUAAUCUGCCACGCUAUGAUGAAGAGGAGGAAGAAACAGAAGUUGAAAAGGCUCGGCGGUUGGCUGCUCUAGGUUUGAUUAAAAAUGAAGAUUAA